UGGCCUGCCGUAAAAGAGGACACGGCAUACCACGGAGCGGCUGUGUGCCCCACUCCUGCACACACUCUUGCCUUGCUUCUGCUUUCCCAGCUCUGACAAUCCUAAUUCUGGCUUCCAAACCAAUCCUGUACGUCCCUCUCUGUUCUCAGACUUGCCUCAACUGUUGGAUAUUUUAAUCACUGUUGUGACCAUGACUGAACGGUGACAUUUCAUAUGCCAUAGUAUAUGUUUAUCUUUUUACAUAUUUCUUAAUAGCAUUUAACUUAUUGUUUCAGACUUUUAGGAACAUUUCUGGGCUAGGUGUGCUGGCCCAUGGCUGUAAUCCUGACAGUUUUGGAGGUUAAGGCAGAAGAACUGCUUGAGGUCAGAUGUUUGAGACCAACCUGGGCAACACAGUGAGACCUCGUCUCUACAAAAAAUCUACAAAUUACCAGAUGUGGCGGUGAGCCCUUGUAUCCCUAGCUACAUGGAAGGCUGUUGUGGGAAGAUCGUUUGAGCCUAGAAGAUUGAGGCUGCAGUGAGCUAUGAUCACACCACUGCCUGGGUGACAAAGCAAGACCCUGUCUUUUCACAAUAAAAAGCAUUACUGUGUCACAAGUAUCCCCAUUUUAUUUCUCAUUAUCUAAUAUUGCUGUUUUCAUCCUGAGGCUUAAUUGCUUUAGUAAGCUAAGAAAAAAAAGUUUUUUUUUUUUUAGAAAAGGUACUAUUUAAAGCAGGUCAUAUGCAUGCCCUUUUGUAAAUUCCAGUUUUAUAUGCCAUAAAUCUAGAACUUACACUCUUGAUGUACUGAGUCUUCUUCUUAGAACCAGCCUCCUCAUAUGUAACACAGUAUAAUUCCCAUUUUACACCUGACUCAAAACAUUGAGAGGAUAGAAUAAAAUGAAAGAGCAGUCUGUAUACCACGUAAUGCACAAUGAAUCACAAAGCGAAGUUUUCUCUAACUCAAAGGCGAAAAGUGCAUAGUUAGCGUCCUCUGCAGAACCCAUAGCAAAAUGAAAUUUUGAGAAAAUAUGCACUUUGGCUGCCCAGUGAAGUUAGAAGGAAACUGUCACAGGUCAUCAUCAAGACUUCCCCAACAUUGGCUUUUAUUUUUAAAUAAUGAAAUACACAUUAUUUCGCCUGCUUUCUUUCGUGUAUAUUACUGCAUGUUCUCUUUGCUUUUCUGCGUACCCUAUCUUGGGAAUCACUCCAUAGCAAUAAAAAGACAUCUUACUCUUUUUUACAGCUCCAUACUUCUCCUUUAUGUAGAAGUACCAGCUUAUUUUUUUUUUCUUAGAAAGAAACAUUUAAUAAGGACUGAGAAACAGAAGCCAUGUCUGUGUCUUGAGUGGUGGCAAGACAAGAUGGUGGAUCCCUGUGCCAUUACCCCUCACAGCCCUCAGACCGAGGGCGUGUAUACCAUAGGGAAGGUCUUUUUACAUUAAAAUCUUUUUACCUAUAGGCAGGGUUUACAGUAAGUACCUGCUCUACACAGUGGCUCACAAUGCCCAUCCCUGCUGGUGACCACAGUUGCCCCUCUGUGUGACUGCAUUAUUCAUCCUGGGCUGCCUGAGCUUUCCAGUCCUGAGAAAAGUGUGUGUGUGUGGAGGGGAGGGUGGGUGUUAUUAAAAGUCACCCUGGGCACUGAACUCAGUAGAAAACCCUGGUUACUAAUGUCAGUUCCAUUAGCAUCUCUGGUUUUCUGAGUCUGGUAGCUUCCAUUUGCUCAAUGAACGUAGUGAUACACAAAUGUUUGACUGAUUUUGUACCUAAAUGCUCCUCUCCUGUCUUACAAGUGUUAGUUUUUGUCUUCAAUUUGACCAUAAGCAAAAACAUGAAAUGUUUCCUCUCUCCUCCCCUUUUCCAUCCUGUAGGAAGGGGAGCCAUGAAAACAAACUCUUUUCCACAGGCAGGGUCUGGCCUUCUAACUCCAAGUCUUUACCUUCCAAAUUCAAGUCUAAAGUCAUUUCAUCUCUUUUGGAACCUGUAACCAUGAGCUAGCUCUACCUGUCUUUCAGAACAAGGAGGUAAACUAAGCCCGUGAAGUUACUGGAGUAGGGCUGAAGAGACGUUCAUGUCAAAGUGGGAAUGUUAAAGUAAUCAGAGCUCCACGGCUAAACUUUUGGGUAAAACCACAACAAAAACAGCUUUUUUACAGCUCGGGCAGUAACAUUUCAUACCUUUUGCAGUCAUUUUAAGCAUGUCCCUCAAUUUUUCCUUUGGUUUUCAAAUUACAAUUGGAAGACAUAAAGCUGCUUCUGUCAAGGUGACUUCAAACCAUCUAUUAAGAACACCAUAUAAUCUCUUCCAUGGCAAACUCUAUUUCAAAUUUAACAAGUCUCCAAAUAUUUGAGUCUGAAUUAUCCCAAUUAUUAACUUCUCUAUCGAAUAGGAGAAAAGAAAUGAUUGGGCCUUUAACCGGCUCCUUCACUGAGGUGCCAUCUCUUUUGGAACCUGUAACCAUGGGCUGAGCGUCGUGGACCUCCACCACUCCGGGAUGUAACGCGGCAGGCUAUGCGGCAGGCUCUGCAGUGGUGGAUGCCACAGACUUGCCACAAGGCUCACAGCAGGCACAAUAUGUCCACUAUAGCUGGACAGCUAAGGCUAGAGAAUGGGAUGGAGACUCCAAAACUGGAGUAUCUGAAUUUUCAUCGGGGAAAGGGAGAGACUAGACCAAAAAGGCCUCAAGCAAGAAGGCUCAACAACGAAGACAAGAGGCAGGACUAGCCUUUGUCCCCCAUGCCCAGCCCCGGGAAAGCUGGUUAUAGGCAGGAGGGAGCUGGAAGCUGAGGAUGUCUCUGGGGUGACGGGAUGGGAAGGAGGUGGGGAGGGGGUGGCCAGAGAUGUGCCAGAGAGCAAAUGGCGCCUGUGGCUUCUUUACUUUUGCACCUCUUCGAUGUUAUGGGCUGAGUGUCGAGGACCUCCACCACUCCAAGAUGUAACAUGGCAGGCUCUGCAGUGGUAGAUGCCACAGACUGGCCACAAGGCUCACAGCAGGCACAACUGGGGCCAGCGCUGGGGCAUAGACAAUUCCCCAUGGGUUAUCUAUAAGGAGACUUUCAAAACAAAGCAACACAAAAUAAAAAAGAAAGAAAAAUAACAAAACCAAGCAACAUGCAAAAUAAACAGAAACAAAGCAACAGACAAAACAAAAUAAAAUAAAGAAAAAAACAAAGCAACAGAGCAAGCGCCAAGGGCACAAACACUUCCAUGAGAAUAGUCAGAGCUCCUCCUCCUCCCACUACCAGCUUCCGACUGAAGGCUGCUGGUCCUGGCUGAUGCCUGUCCCCCACAAAGCCUCCUAUGUCACCUGAUUGCCAGGAAACAACAAAGUCAGGCCAGUGACUCACAAUGCCACUUCUCACAACCCCAUCCAAUGGCUCACAAUGCCCAUUCCUGCUGCUGGCCACCUGUGGCCACCCUGCCCCUCUUGGUGACUGCAUUAUUCAUCCUGAGCUGCCUGAGAUAAUCCAUUUUUCACUAUAGGCCUCAAAAAAUUCAGCAAUGUCCCUUCAUAGAUUCUAUAUGGAGAGUGUGUCUAACCUGUGAAUAAAAACAAAGGUUUCAUUCUGCGUGAGAAAUCCACAAACACAAAGCAUUUUCACAGAAUCCUCUGGGGCCCACCUCUCACCUUCAGCUUCCCAUUCUUAGUUAUCUGGGCUUCUGUGUUGUAUGAUCUGUCAGGUUCUAGGCCUUGUAAGGGUCAGUUCCAUGUCUCCACUCACUUACAUGUGCCCAGGAAGGUUGGCUCUUGGGAGGCUCUUCAUGGUGACUGAGGCCAUGGAUCCUUCGCACUGUUCCUUGAAUCCACUUGACACGAAAUACUCAUCCUGAAAUGAUGCUUUGAAAGCGAUGCUUCCAGUCAAUUGUGGGUCCACUGUAUUAUGGAUCCCGAGUACCCAAUACACGGCAUAUAAGAAAUGAAUGAAAAAUGAGUGCAUGGACUCAAGUGUGCCUACAAGGUGAGAGAAAAGGAUCCUGCUUACUAGGUGUGCUAUGAAGGCAUCUGGGACCAUUGGCUUUGCUAUUUCAUAGCAGGCCUGGGGCUUUGAGGGCUGGCAUUUCCUCAUUCUAAACCUCAGAUUCUAAUAAAUUACCACCAAGUGGACAAAGGUCCGCGGGCCAGAGCUCUUGGUGUGAACAACAUACCUUUUUUGGGUGUGAUUCAUGGACGGGGACUAUACAAAACUAAAAACCAUGUUUAUGUGCUGACUACCUGCAAGCCGUGGUGAGAAAACACUCUGUAUACACGAUCUUAUUCAAUGCUUGUUACAAAUCCCUGAAGUGGAUUUUUAGACAAACUUUCUAUUCUAGAGCUUUUUGGAACAAGAGGCUAGUGUAGUGAGCUUCCACCUACUCAGCAGCAGAUGCAGGUAUUUGUUAUCUGACGGCCGAUCGCGUUACAUGUAUGCUCCUACAUGCUUCUCCUCUUCCUCUCGUGAUUUUAUAGCAAACCCCACACAUCAUAGAAUUUCCUCCCUGACCAUCUUGGUGGAUGUCUGUAAAAGAUACGAUUCUUGUUUGUUCUUUCAACAUGAGGUCUCUGUCACCCAGGCUGAAGUUCAGUGACAUGAUCUUGGUUCACUGUGGCCUCUCCUGCCUCAACUGCCUGAGUAGCUGCAACUACAGACUCACACCAUGCCCAGCUCAUCUUUUUAUUUGUAUUUUAGUUGAGACAGGGUCUUGCUAUGUUGCCUGGGCUGGUCUACAAUUCCUGGAUUCAAAGGGUCUUCCCACCUUGACCUCCCACACUACUGAGAUUAUAGGUGUGAACCGCCCGUGCCUGGAGACAAGAACUCAUUAAAAAAUAUAAUCCCAAUACAAUCAUCAACCAACCAUCUCACACCAUUGCUCUUUAUCACUGUCAACUCUCCUUCUAGCUCCAAAUUUCCAGUCGUUUCAUGUUUGAAUCAUAUGAUUCAGUCGAAUCAUAUUUAUUGUUUGAAUCAGGAUCCAAAUAAAGUCUCUCUUUGAGAUUGUGUGAUUCACCUCUUAGGGUUUUUUUGAUCCUGACAGCUUCCCACUUUCAUCUCUGUGCUGUCCCUUGCAGUCCAUUUAUUGAAUAAAUAUGGCCAUUUCCCUAUAGUUUGAAUUAAGCUAAGUGUAUUCUCAUUAUGCUGGUUCUCAUACUGUGAAUUUCGCUAAUUGUAUCUUCUGAUGUUGGUUAACUUGCUCUUCACUUUGUUCUAGUUUUGAUAAAUUAGUAGUUUGAUCUCAAGACUUUGUGAGAUUCAGGUUGGACUUCAGGGUCAGGGCAAAAAGGCUGCGCUAGUUUCCUCUGGGAGGAGGUGUGUACUCUCUGGACAUCUUUUUUUUUAAUCGGUGACGUUAAUGGCCAUUGAUAAAUUACGGAUUGAACAAUGAAGGCAUUGUUGUAUCAUUCCUUCUUUGUUUAUGAGCUGCCACACUUCCGGAAAGAGAUACUGCUACCCUAAGAAGGGCCGUGCAUGAUAAAAAAAAAAAGUAAAUAUAAAAAAGGAGAUGGUGCUUCUUAUGAACUGUUACUCACUUGUACAACUUACAUAGAAAACACCAGUUCAUGGCUUCAUUUCUUCUGUUGACCAUUUUUCAAAAUCAUGGGCUGUUUCAUUUAUAUCCUUCAAUGGUCACCACUUCUAUUAAUGAAUUUAUUUAGACAGGGAGGGUCUAGCUUUGUUGCCCAGGUUGGUAUGCAGACAAGCAGUCAUGCCACUAUAGCCUCAAACUUCUAGGCUCAGGUGACCCUCCCAUCUCAGCUUCCUGAGUAGCUGAGACCAAAGACACGGGCCCUCAAACCUGAGUAAUUUAAAAAAUCUUUUGUUGAGACAAAGUCCCCCUGUGUUGCACAGGCUGGUCUUGAACUCCUGAAUGAAGUGAUCCUCCUAACUCAGCCUCCCAGAGUGUUGAAAUUACAGCCACAAGGAGCUGUGCCAGCCCACUUUUUUUUUUUCAAAAGGAUCAUUAUGAAUGCAGAUAUUCAAACAUAUCUGAUAUAUCUCAAUUCACUGCAACUAUUAUCCUUACUAAUGUACAAAAUGUCCUAUCUUUGGUUAGAAGGAGGCCCUUCAGAUGGGCCCUUUACACAUGUUGAAAUCAUCCUAAUAAUCUUUAUAGAUUCUUUGCUAUCCAGAGUGAUAAUAUGUUCCAGGCUCCUUACACAUUUCUGGCCUAGACCUGGAAUCAGCAUUUUGUCCAGGAAGCCUUGUUUCCUUUCAUUGGGCAAUGGUAUUUUGAGACUACAAUCUUGGUGCUAGGGGUAAAUAGUAUAAUUUUAGAACUUAAAAAACUGCCUGGCUCGUGUCUGUAAUCCUAGCACUUUGGGAGGCCGAGAUGGGUGGAUCACCUGAGGUCACGACUUUCAGACCAGCCUAAACAACAUAAUGAAACCCCAUCUGUACUAAAAAUACAAAAAAUUAGCCAGGCAUCAUAGCGGGAGCCUGGAAUCCCAGCUACUUGGGAGGCUGAGGCAGGAAAAUCACUUGAACCUGAGAGGAGGAGGUUGUGGUGAGCUGAGAUUGCGUCAUUGCACUCCAGUCUCGGUAAAAACAGCAAGACUCUGUCUCAAAUAAAUAAAUAAAGAGGCCGGGUGUGGUGGCUCAAGCCUAUAAUUCCAGCACUUUGGGAGGCCGAGGCGGGUGGAUCACGAGGUCAAGAGAUCGAGACCAUCCUGGUCAACAUGGUGAAACCCCAUCUACUAAAAAUACAAAAAAUUAGCUGGGUGUGGUGGCGCGUGCUUGUAAUCCCAGCUACUCGGGAGGCUGAGGCAGGAGAAUUGCCUGAACCCAGGAGGCGGAGGUUGUGAUGAGCCGAGAUCGUGCCAUUGCACUCCAGCCUGGGUAACAAGCGAAACUCUGUCUCAAAAAAAAAAAAAAAAAAAAAGGUGAAGCGGGGACUGACAUGAAGGCACGCAAGUGCACAGCCUCUGUAAACCAGCCAGAGCCGGUCUGGGGUGGCUGUUCUUGUUAUCAGAAGGAAGUUGCUAAAACCAGUCUCUUGUCCUAUCAAAGCUGUAGCGGUGGCUUGUAGAACAGGAGGGUCAAUUAGUGUCUGGUGGUGGUUGAAUUGUGAUUGUUUUAAUAUCGUUCAUCUUGAGGCCAGUGCUUGUUUAACUGCUAGAGGAAAAAAAAAAAAAACCACCAGGAACAGUGGCUCACACCUGUAAUCCCAGCACUUUGGGAGCUGAGGCGGGCGGAUCACCUGAGGUCAAGAGUUCGAGACCAGCCUGAGUAACAUGGAGAAACCCCGUCUCUACUAAAAAUAUAAAAUUAGCCAAGCACGGCGGCACAUGGCUAUAAGCCCAGCUACUCGGGAGGCUGAGGCAGGAGAAUUGCUUGAACCUGGGAGGCAGAGGUUGCGGUGAGUCGAGAUUGCACCAUUGCAUUCUAGCCUGGACAACAAGAGAGAAACUCCAUCUAAAAAACAAAAAAAGAAAAAGAAAACCUGUGACAGAAUAUAGUUUCUUCUUUAAGUGUAGGGACGUGUGACUUACCCCUUGCCUGGCGUGGUCUUUGGUCCUAUCUAUAAUUUGCUGUCUUUUUGCCGCAGAGCCUGUUCUGUCGGUCUUAUCAUCUCUAUUUUAACAUUAAUGUUGGUCCGUUGUUGUUUCUAAACCACAAAAGGGGCAAAAGGGGGCAGGGUACAGUGAGGCGCGUCUGACCUUCCAUCCUGUCAUGGCUGUUAACUCAGUUUUUCAAGUUUCUCUGGGGUCCCUUUGGUCAUAGGGGAGGGGGUCUUUUCAGGCUGUGGGAGUGCUUAGGAUUUUACUUUUAGUUCUCAAGAGUGACACAUAUUCUGCAAUAAAGGUGACAUGAAAGUUCCUGAACUGCCCCCUACCAAGUUAGAAGCCAAUGCUUUUAUCCAGGAAGGAUAGCAGAGCUUAGAGGCCUCAGUAAAGUCUGAGAGGCCAGCUGGGCACAGCUACUCACACCUUGUAAUCCCAGCACUCUGGGAUCGCUUGAGACCGGUAGUUUGAGACCAGCCUAGGCAACAUAGCGAGAUGACAGGUGUGUCUACAAAAAAAUACAAAAUUUAGCCAGGCACAACGGUGCAUGCCUGCAGUCCCAGCUACUUGAAAGGCUGAGGCAAGGGAAUUGCCAGCGCCCAGCGUGGUGAGGUUGCAAUGGGUGGAACCCAUUGCACUCCAGCCUGGGCGACAGAUCAAGACCCUGUCUCAAAAAGAAUAAAUAGGCUGGAUGUGGUGGCUCACGCCUGUAAUCCCAGCACUUUGGGAGGCCGAGGUGGGCAGAUCAAGAGAUCGAGACCAUCCUGGCCAACAUGGUGAAACCCCAUCUCUACUAAAAAUACAAAAAUUAGCUGGGCACGGUGGCACAUGCCUGUAAUCCCAGCUACUCAGGAGGCUGAGGCAGAAGAAUUGCCUGAACCCAGGAGGCGGAGGUUGUGGCGAGCCGAGAUCGCGCCAUUUCACUCCAGCCUGGGUAACAAGAGCGAAACUCCGUCUCAAAAAAAUAAAUAAAAUAAAUAAAUAAAGAUUGAAUGGAGGUUGCAACGUGGUCCUUAACAAAUCCCAGUUUAAUACAUUAUCUGGCUCCUGCAAAAACCAGUGGAUCGUGUUGUUUAAUCCCAAGACUAGAAGGACACAUCCACAACCAGAUAAAGGGCACCUGUGAAAAAUCCUCAGCUUACAUCACACUUAAUGGUGAAGACCGAAUCAUUUUCCUCUGAGAUCAGGAACAACACAAGGAUGUCCACUCUUGCCACUUCAACUCAGCAUUGUAUUGAAAGCUCUAGGCUGGGCGCGGUGGCUCACACCUGCAAUCCCAGCACUUUGGGAGAUUGAGGCUGGUGGAUCACCUGAGGUCAGGAGUUUGAGACCAGCUUGGCCAACAUGGCAAAAACCCAUCUCUACUAAAAAUAUACAAAAAUUAGCCAGGCGUGGCGGUGCGUGCCUGUAAUCCCAGGUGCUCGGGAGACUGAGGCAGGAGAAUCACUUGAACCUGGGAGGCAGAGGUUGCAGUGAGCGGAGACUGCAUCAUUGCACUUCAGCCUGGACAACAGGAGACUCCUCAAAAAUAAAUAAAUAAAUAAAUUGUCUUCCUAGACACUUGCCAUAAACAACACAAAAAUGAAAUUAAGAAAACUACUCCGACCGGACAUGGUGGCUCACACCUGUAAUCCCAGCACUUUGGGAGGCCAAGGCAGGCAGCUCACAAGGUCAGGAGUUCAAGACUAGCCUGGCCAACAUGAUGAAACCCCAUCUCUACUACAAAUACAAAAAUUAGCCAGGUAUGGUGGUGCACACCUAUAAUCCAGCUACUCGGGAGGCUGAGGCAGGAGAAUCACUUGAACCUGGGAGGCGGAGGCUGCCGUGAGCCAAGAUCACCCCAUUGCACUCCAGUCUGGGCAAGAGAGUGAGACUCGAAAAGAAAAGAAAACCACUCUAUUUACAAUAAUGUCAAAAAGGACAAAAUAUUAGGGAAUAAAUGUAAACAAAGUGAAAAACUUAAACUCUGAAAACUACAAAACAUUGUUGAAAGAGAUCAAAACUCUAAGUAAAUGGAAGACAUCUAAUGUUGAUGCCUUGAAAGAGUUAAAUAUUGUUAAGAUGGCAUUGCUUCAAAGAUGUAUCUACUGAUUCAAUGUGACUCCUAUCAAAAUACCAGCUGAAGCCAGGCAUGCUGGUGAGCGUCUGGACUUCCAGCUAUUCAGGAGCCUGAGGCUGGAGGAUCAAUUGAGCCCAGGAGAUUGAGACCAGCCUGGGCAACAUAGUGAGACCCUGUCUCAAAAAAAAAAAAAGGGCAAAAAACCAGCAGAUGCAAUGACUCACACCUGUAAUCUCAGCACUGUGGGCAGCCGAAGUAGAAGGACUGCUAGACCCCAGGAGUUUGAGACCAGCAUGUGCAAGACAGCCAGACCUUGUCUUGAAAUAAUUUUUGAGACAGUCCCACUCUGAGCAUCUGACAACAGGCUACCAAGUGACCAGAAGGCUCGUUAAAGCUGGGUAAUUUCAGCUGGAGUGUAGUGUCAUGAUCUCAGCUCAUUGCAACCUCUGACUCCUGGGUUCGAGUGAUUCUCCUGCCUCAGCCUCCCUAGUAGCUGGGACACAGGACUAUGCCACUACACCUAGAUAAUUUUUGUAUUUUUAGUAGAGACAGGGUUUUGCCAUGCUGACUAGGCUGCUCAAACUCUUGACCUCAGCUGAUCCACCCACCUCAGCCUCCCAAAAUACUGGGAUCACAGGCAUGAGACACUGCAUCACACCAGCCAGACCUUAUCUCUACAAAAAAAAAAAAAAAAAUACAUACAUAUAUAUAUAUGUAUUAGAAAUUAGCCAGGCAUGGUGGAACGCACUUGUGUUCCCAGGUACUUGAGAGGCUGAGGUGGCAGGAUGGCUUGAGCCCAGGAUGUCAAGGCUGCAGUGAGCUAUGAUCAUGCCACUGCACUCCAGCCUGGGCAACAGAGCAAGACUCUGUCUCAGAAAAAAAAUAGAGUAAGGCCGGACGAGGUGGCACAUUCCUGUAAUCCCAGCACUUUGGGAGGCUGAGGCGGGCAGAUCACGAAGUCAGAAGAUCGAGACCAUCCUGGCCAACGUGGUGAAACCCCAUCUCUAAAAAAAAAAAAAAAAUAGAAAAAAGAAUUAAAAAAAAAAAGGAAAAACAGCCCACAGAAAAUAUUUGCAAAUCAUAUAUCUGAUGAGGGACUAGUAUCUUAAAUAUACAAAGAACUCUCACAACCCAACAAUGAAGAAGAAACAAAUAAAGCACGCCUUUGGGAGCCCAGCGGCACCCUCUUGAAAGCAAAGGGCAAGCACACAGCCCCUCCUACCACUACGAAAGAGCACAACAGGGUAAAGCUUUGUGAUUUGGAGGCGGAAAAAACUUGGGAAUCCUGCCCAAGAAAUCUGUCGGUGACACAGAGGAUGCCAGCUUCGAGUAGAGCCCAGGGCAGGACGGGGUCUGCUGCAGCUCCAGGUUGUGGCACCAGCAGCCCUGAGCCUGACCCUGUGAAUUUGCAGAGCCAUGGCCAAUGCUUGGCAGAGAAAGGUUUCAUGUGGGGCUUUCAGCAGGCUGCAGCGGAAGGGUGGCAGUGCCACUCCUAGGGUUCUGGAGCAAGGCCAUGCCACACACCAUUCACAAAACAAAUCCUUCCAUGUUCCUGGGCCUUGGCAGGAACUGGGCAUCUGACAACGGGCUACCAAGUGACGAGAAGGCUCAUUGGAGCUGGGUAUUGCCAGAGCCACUCACUGGGUCAUUAUUUUAUUUUUGUUCCGAGAUAGAGUCUUGCUCUGUUACCUAGGCUGGAAGGUGGUGGUAAAAUCUUGGCUCACUGCAACUCCGCCUUCUGGGUUAAAGCGAUUCUCCAGCCUCAACCUCCCGAGUAGCUAGGAUUAUAGGCACCUGCCACCAUACCCAGCUAAUUUUUGUAUCUUUUAUUUAUUUAGUUUUCUUUCUCAACCCCCCACCCAGCGACCCUCCAAUUUUUAUAUCUUUAGUACAGACAGGUUUUUGCCAUGUUGGCCAGGCUGGUCUCGAACUCCUGGCCUCAGGUAAUCCACCACCUUGGCCUGCCAAAGUGUUGGGUGGGAGAGCCACCACCCCCAGCCUUAUUUAUUUUAUUUUUUGAGACAGGGUCUUGUUAUAUUGCCCAGGCUGAAGUGCAGUGGUGUGAUCUCGGCUCACUGCAGCCUCGAACUCCCGGGUUCAGGAGAUCCUCUCACUUUAGCCUUCUGAGUAGCUGGGAUCACAAGUGCAUGCCACCACACCCAGAUAAUUUUUUCUUUAUUGUAGAGACAAGGUCUUGCUAUGUUGUCCAGGCUGUCUCCAGCUCCUAAGCUCAAGCACUCACUCCUCCUGCCCGGGCCUCCCAAAGUGCUGGAAUUACGGUGUGAGCCACCAGGUCUUAAGGUACCAUCACGCAACCACAGUGGCAUUACCAGGAUCGGCUCUCAGCAAGUCCAGAGGACACACGUAAGCUGUGAAAGCAGGCGACUGCCGUCCCAUGUGUCCUCACUGAUGACAUCUGCCCCACAGCUCACUCAGGCGGCCCUGAACAGCGGUGGAGCAUGAGGGCAAAGCCCCCCAAACGACAAUUUCUGUGAGCACUGUGCCAUCUACACUGUACAAAAACAGUGUAGACCCACCGGCAGUAGCAAAUGGUUGAGCUGGUUGGUUCAGGAACCUGGACAGAGCAAGAUUAGAAGGUAACAGAUGAAGGCCGGAGGUGGUAGCUCAUGGCUGUAAUCCCAGCACUUUGGGAGGCCGAGAUGGGCAGAUCACCUGACAUCAGGAGUUCGAGAUCAGCCUGGGCAACAUGGUGAAACUCUGUCUCUGAUAAAAAUACAAAAAAUUAGCUGGGUAUGUUGGUGCAUGCCUGGAAUCCAGCUACUCAGGUGGCUGAGACACAAGAAUCGCUUGAACCUGGAAGGCAGAGGCUGCGGUGACUCAAGAUCACACUGCUGCACUUCAGCUUGGGUGACAGAGUGAGACUCUGUCUCUGAAAAAAAAAGAAGAGGUAAGUUAGGAGAUGUGGACAUCAGAAGGGGCACCUGGAGCUGUGGGGUGACCUGUGCUGCUUCCAUGGAUGACUGCACUGGUCUGACCCCCAGGUGUGCUUCGCUCCUCAGGACCUCUGGUAAUCCCCCAGGGGUAGUUGUGUUCCCAACCUCACAAAUUUAGGUUCUGGGUCUGUUGGGGUGGGAGGCAGGGAGUGCCAUCACCAGGGUCAUGGUAAGGGUUGUGUUAAACCUAAAUUAUGACAGUUGCCCAGUCACCCUGGGUUCCUCAUGCCAGCAAGCAAAGGAGUCCACAGGCGGGCCCAAGUGCCCAACCCAGCUCAUACUGGGGACCGGGAGGAAUGCUGCAUCUUCCAGGGAUCCCCUGGGUGCCCUGCGAUGCUCCCAUGCCCAGCCCUCCCUGUGGGACCCAGAAAUGGGGGCUCCCGGCAGCCCAGGCUUCCCGCCACGCUCCCACGCCCUCCAGGGCCAUGAGACCCUGGAUCGGAGGUGGCUGGCAGGUUCGGGACACGGGCAGGUUCCGGCCCACGAGCGCGGCGGGAACGCGGGUUUGCAAGUGGUGUUGGGCAUCAUGAAGGCUGUGGUCCAGGAGUUUCGGGUGCGAGGCUAGGCUUGGCUUCUCCAGGUGUGCUGAGCCGCCACGGUAGGACCCCAGAGUGGACGAAGAACCAGGCCCUGCCGAACGCGGGGGAGCCACCAGAGGCUGGGCCAGGAGGCACCGCCGCGCUCUGCGUGGCUGCCAGGGUCGGGGUGCCCUCUGGGGUACUGCCACGUCCCGCAGGCGGCGGGGAGACGGCCCUCCGCCUUUUCCCGCAAGUCGCCCUGCUCAUGAGCGGCGAGUCCGGGUGGGACAGAAGGACGCAGGCGGGGGCACAGGGCGGUGGGAGUUUAUCCCCGCAGCUCCCUCGACCCCCGCAUGCGGAAGCAGAGCCGCCGCAGUCGGGGAUUAGCGCGCUCGCGGCCGGCGCUGCGGGAUUAACCCGCGUGGACUGGGCGCCCGGCCCGGGGAUUAUUGCGCGCUCCCCUCGACGUAUAUAUUCCCGCGGCGGCGGCGGCAGCCGCAGGGCCGGGCAUGGCAGCAGCUGGGGGCGCGGCGAGCCGCAGGGGCCCCGGGCGGCCCUGCCCCUUCUCCAUUGAGCACAUCCUCUCCAGCCUACCGGAGCGGAGCCCCCCGGCCCGGGCCGCUUGCCCACCGCAGCCCGCCAGUCGCCAGAGCCCCGCGGAGCCGGAGGAGCACGGGGUGCCAGAUACUGCGCACUGCGCCUGCUGCUGCUGCUGCGGCGCCCGCGCGGCUCCCUGCGGCCCCCCGGAGGCGGCAGCCGGGCUGGGCAUGCGGCUGGCGUGGCCGCUGAGGCUGGGUCCCGCGGUGCCCUUGUCUCUGGGCGUGCCAGCCGGAGGUUCCGGGGCGCUGCCGGGCGCGGUCGGCCAGGGCCCGCAGCGGCGCACGCGGCGCCACCGCACCAUUUUCAGCGAGGAGCAGCUGCAGGCGCUCGAGGCGCUCUUCGUGCAGAACCAGUAUCCCGACGUGGGCACGCGCGAGCGCCUGGCCGGCCGCAUCCGCCUUCGCGAGGAGCGCGUGGAGGUCUGGUUCAAGAACCGCCGGGCCAAAUGGCGACACCAGAAGCGCGCAUCAGCUUCCACGAGGCUCCUGCCUGGCGUCAAGAAAUCCCCCAAGGGGAGCUGCUGAUGACUCUGGGAGCUGCCCCUGGGUUCGGCCACCCUCUUUGGGAUCUUUGGAACUGACUCUGAGAGAGGACAGAUGUACCCGAAAAGGAGCUGGGAGAAGACACUCGCCUCCUCCGCCCGUCUCCACAGCUCCUUGCCUCCUGCAGCUUGUGCUGCCUUGGCGUUGGGUACAGGGUCCCCGGUGCUUGGUGUUCCACAGCAGUGGGAGUGACGAGUCCCUUGAGGGUGGGCUGGGGCAUAGAUUAGCUUCCUCACCCCCCACCACCCCAAGAGGCACUAACUCCACCCCAGGAGGGGAACUACCCCGUAUGAACCUGGGACCCAGAGUCCUCCGCUGUGGAGCCUUUCUGCGCACCCUGGGGCAUGCUGGCCUCCCUCUUCUCAGUGUGGACAUCGACCCAACUUGACCUGGCCCGCCUUCCCCCAGCGGGAAGGGGGGUGGGGUUCGUGUGUGCGCAGUCCUGGGUUGCAGGCUUCCCAGGCCCUGGACUGGUCCUAUCUGUAGAAUAAGAAGGUUGCAGGAGCGAUUCCAGGAGCCCCUCCCCAGCCCCUUCACCUUCGAGCCUCGCGCUGAUACGGAGAAACCAACAGGCAACUUCAGAUAUCACAGAAGCCGCCCAGAGUCUCAAGUCCACCUUGGCUCCACUCCCACACCCAGCAAAGAGCUGUCCUUCUCCUUCCUUCCCAGGGAGGGGGUGUUUAGGGUACAGCUGUCUUUGAGAGGAGCACAGCUCUGCGAGACCUCAGUCUCUGCACCAGGGUGCUCCCCAGCAGAGACGACUGCUCCAUGGAUGGUGGCCUGGGGCCAGCCUUGGCCUCUAGGCUACUGCAAACCUGCCAGUGGUUGGGGGUCCCCGGCUUCCUCCUGGGGUUUUCAUGCUGUGGGGUCAGCCUCCCUUACAACAAUCUCUGCCAUCCUAGGGUAGGGGAAGAGGAGGUUGGAUUGGGGAGACCCCGACGCUGCUGUAUGGGAAGAUGCCUGCCCUCCCCUUCUUUAUCCUGGCUCAGGGCGAAAGGCACCAUGAAAAGAAGCCUGUGAUUCCCCAAGUAGUCCCUACAGUGGUCCGAAGCAUCUCACGCCCCCUCAGCUGGCUUGAGCACUUAGUUCUGUCUCCUUACAGGUCCUGGAGGGAAUGGGGCAGUUCUACCUGCAAGAUACAAAGUCCAUCUCUAAAAGCAGGGCUGCAGAAGCCAGGGCUGCCGAUCCCGGCUGGCCAGCUUGGAUAACACCAAGCAUGCCUGGUGUCCCCAGUCAGAACUGCCCUGAGACUGCUGGGUGUUCCUAGCAUAGGCGCUCCUGUCUCUACCCCUAGCAGGCACACCGCUGAUUGUCACAAAACUCUUCUCCCUGAAUCCCGGUCUUACCCUUGGGGACCGAACAGACUACCGGCGGGCAUGCUGGUGUCCCAGUCAGCUCCCUUGCAGGCAGGGACACUCCCAUCUCACGGGCUCCAGGCCCCUCGUGCUCCUUUGUUGAAUGGCCAUCUGUCAUCGUAUUGGAAGCCCUGAUCAGAGCUUCUGGAGCAUCACCUUCCAGGGCUCAGUGGCUGUGUCCCCCUCCUGAAUUUGCUCCUUGGCAGGCUGACCCCCACAGCAGGCUGUUAAUAUAGGCAUCUUUCAGACUCACGCCCAGGGACUCCCUUCUCACCUUCACUCGCUCCCUGGUUUAUCUUUUACCCUCAGACUCCGAUUCCCAUCUUUCUGCCACAUUUACAUCUCAAGCCCAGGUCCCUCCCUUGAGCCAGGUAUUUAUCUCCAGCUGUCCCCUUGACUACUCCACCUGGAAGCCCACAGGUCACAUGUCUGCAGUGAGCCCUUCUGUGCAAACUAGGCACAUGAGCCAGGGAGCCAGUGAUCACUGGACCACCCCCUCUCCUGAUCAUCCACUAUACCCGGGCUGACAGCAAGCCAAUUUUACGUUUAUCAAUAAAUCAAUAAAUCCCAGAAUCUCUCCAGCUCUAAUUGUACCAGUCAGAUGUGAGCCACCAUCACCUCUCACCUUGACCACUGCAACUCUGUCCAGCCUUAUCCACCUGCACCCACACUGGCUCUGCUUUUUUGUCACUUGGCUGGUUUGUUUGAGGCAGGGUCUUGCUCCAUCACCCAGGCUGGAGUGUAAUGGUGCGAUCAUGGCUCACUAGAGCUUCCAGCUCCUGGGCUCAAGCAGUCCUCCCGCGUCAGCCUUCUGAGUAGCUAGGACCACAGAUGGGCACCAUCACACCUAGCUAAUUUUAAAAAUUUUUUGUAGAGAUGAUGUCUUGCCAUGUUGGCCAGGCUGGUCUCAGAACUUCUGGCCUCAAACGAUCCACCUGCUAGGCCUCCCAAAGUGCUGGGAUUAUAGGCAUGAGCCACUUUGUCUGGCCUGCCUCUCAAUUCAGAAUAAAGACAAAUCACCCCACCAUAUCCCACAAGGCCCCGUGCAGCCUGGCCCUGCCUCUCUGGCAUCAUCUCACAACUCACUGCACUCUGCAUUUCCAAAGGUCUUCUUUGGAACUUGCCUUGCUCCCUCCCACCACUGGGCCUUUGCACAUGCUCUUUCCACCUGACCAAUGCCCAUUUGUUCAUCUUUUUAAUCUGCAAUUCCUUUCUGCCUGGGGAAACUUCUCUGACCUCCCGAAUUAGGUCAAGAUUCCCCAAGUACAAACUCUUCUUGCACAGACAACAGCUGGAAUUUUACACCUAUUUAUGGGAUGAUCUAACAAGUGUCUUUAUCUUCCCCAUGCCACUGUCACCUCUACAAGGGCAGCGGCAGCAUGCUGUACUUCCCAGCGAAUGAAGGAUGCCUGCAUGUUGUAAAAGUAAAAUUGUACUAAAUUUUUCUAGGGCAGAAUUUAUUUGUCCCAACAUAAUUCACAUCCUCCUUUUGGGAAGAAAUUCCUAAAAAAUGCCUAGGCAAUUUUCUUGUCCACUUGAAUC